CCACCGACCACUCGUCCCUCACCCGCAACGCCACACCCUACCCCCCCCAUCAUGCCCGUCCCGCAGAUUCAGUACUCAGAAAAGUACUACGACGACGUCUACGAGUUUAGACACGUCAUCCUCCCGGUGGACAUAGCCAAGCACCUGCCGAAGAACCGUCUCCUGUCGGAGAACGAGUGGCGCGCCAUCGGCGUGCAGCAGUCGCGCGGGUGGGUGCACUACGCGAUCCACCGCCCGGAGCCGCACAUCCUUCUAUUCCGGCGGGAGAAGAACGGCAACUACUAGCCCAUCUCUGUAAAGCAUUCC